AAGGAAGCAGGGCUGGGCUGCUGGGUUACCCAGGACAGAGGUGUUCCCGGCUGCCACCCACUCUGAGGAGCUCCGGACACGUCACGGUGAACGAGGAUGGAGAAUCUGGAUUACAACGCUUCCUCUGCCUACGACGAUGAGUAUCUGGAUGAGUUAGACCCCGUGGUGGCGCUGGAGGAUGCGUCUCUACUGGAGACGGGUGCCAUUGAGAUUUUCGUGGCCAUCUACAGCAUCAUCUGCUUCCUGGGCAUCUUGGGUAACGGUUUGGUGAUUGUCAUCGGCAACUUUAAGACCAAAAAGACGGUGAACACCAUCUGGUUCCUCAACCUGGCCGUGGCGGAUUUCCUCUUCAACAUCUCCCUGCCGAUCCACAUCGCCUACGUGGCCAUGCGCUACCACUGGGUGUUCGGGCUCACCAUGUGCAAGAUCAGCAACUUCCUGCUCAUCCACAACAUGUACACCAGCGUCUUCCUGCUCACCGCCAUCAGCCUCGACCGCUGCGUCUCCGUGCUCCUCCCCGUCUGGGCCCAGAACCACCGCAGCGUCCGGCUGGCCUGCGCGGCCUGCGUGGUCAUCUGGGUCCUGGCUUUCUUCUUGAGCUCCCCCUCCCUCAUUUUCCGGGACACGACCCACUUGCACGGGAAGAUCAUCUGCUUCAACAACUUCAGCCUGUCGGCCGACCAGCCUCCCUCCGCCCAGCCCCACCUGGGCUCGGCGGGGUACAGCCGUCACAUGGGGGUGACGGUGACGCGUUUCCUCUGUGGCUUCCUGGUCCCUCUCCUUAUCAUCACCGCCUGCUACCUCAUCAUCGUCUACAAGCUCAGGCACAACCACCUGACCAAGACCAAGAAGCCCUUCAAGGUCAUCGUGGCCAUCAUUGUCACCUUCUUCCUCUGCUGGUGUCCCUACCACGCGCUGUACCUGCUGGAGCUGUACCACGCACCCGUACCCGCCUCCACCCUCGGCCUCGUCCUGCCCCUGGCCACCGCCAUCGCCAUCGCCAACAGCUGCAUGAACCCCAUCCUGUACGUCUUCAUGGGUCAGGAUUUCAAGAAGUUCAAGGUGGCCAUUUUAUCCCGCCUGGCCAAUGCUCUGAGCGAUGACACCGGCCAGUCCAGCUACCCUAGCCACAGGAGCUUUACCAAGGUGUCGUCCAUGAACGAGAGGGCUUCGGGGACUGAGAGGGAGACCAACAUGCUUUGAGUGUGUCCCUUCCCCCUGCCCCCUCCGGGGAGAGCCCCAGGGGGCACCCCACCCCAGGACCAAGGCCGGAGCUCCUCCUCAAGAGGGGGGGGCACCCCCCCCCGCAGUGCACGCAGAGCGAAUCGCGUUCUCGGCUGAGGACCCAGGGCGGGAAACUAACUCUUUCUCCAGGGAGGAUGGCCAACGGCCAGCCCUAACCAGCAGUCUGCACUGUGCACCAGUGAGAACCAGCCUCGGCCUAACUCAACGUAAUUAAAAAAAAAAAAAAGAAAGAAAAAAGACAAAGAAAGAAGAAAAAUAAGAACAAAAGAGCAGUUCUCCAAAGCACUGCCGUAAACUGGGGUUGGCACCGGCUACAGGAUUAAGCUGUCUACUGUGUGCCCCAGAAAUGCUUGGACACUGCAAGCCCUCUGGUGUGAGCAGGGGGGGCAUGCGCACACAUGCAUGCAUGCAUGCUUAUACACAUACACCAUACAUACAUGCAUGUGUGCAUGCAUCCACACGCCGCGCCUACAGCCGCCAGCCCCUCUCCUGCCCCUGUGGCCACGGCUCAUGGGGAGGGGAGGGGAAUGGGAACUCUCAACCACGGUCCCCUCUAGAGGAGCUGAGAAGAUGCGGCCCUUGGGGUGUCAUGAGCUCUUUGCAAGGCACCAUGGGUUGGGGGAAGCUGUGAGCAGGAUGUGGGACCCAGGAAAGGAUGGGGGGGUUGCAAAGGGUGUGGGUAUGGAACAGUUCACUCUAAAACUUCCCAGGGCAAAGUCUGCAGGCCAUUUGGAGGUGCGGGUGGCAGCAGCCUUUUGCUUCAGCCCCCCCGUGGCCUCCUGGCACUGUUACUGAGGAGAGAGGCUGAAGGGGGGAGGCAGCUGAGUCCCUAGCCAUCACCGGAACCCUUCCUUCCUUGUUUCCCUCCCUCCUCCCUCCCUCCUUCCUUCCUUCUCCAACCCACUUAGCUCUGGCUAUGUGCUUUGAGUCCAGCCCUUCGAGGGCAUGGGGUGGAAAGCAAAGGAAAGGGACUUUUCUCCUUCUAGUUUGUGUCCUCCAAGCCUUGCAGGAGACCAUUCCAAGUAUAGCACUAAGAAGCCAUAAUCCUAGCUACGCAGGGGCUUGA